AUUGUGUUACCGUAAUUGCGAACCGCGUUCGUUGAUCAAUCGUUUAUUGUUAUUGUUAUACCCACUGAAACGCGACGUCUGACGGCCGACAAACGGACAAACUAAACCGCAUUGCGCAUGCUGCACGACGUUCUACCGGUUUCUGCGCUUUGUCGUUCAGUUCGAUUACCCGCCGACUUUUCUUGACGUUGAUAUUUAACAAUUGAUCAGUUCUUGUCUAAACUAUAUCAUCGUCAAAAGUAUAUGCGCUCGCGAUUCUCUUCAAACCGCUAUAGCCCGUGCGUUGAUGGUCAUUGUUAGCUGAUUCGUAAGUCAAUUCUGUUAGAUGAUAAGCGCGACGGGAAGAUGUAACAGCGGUCGCAGCUCGGCCAUGUCCAAAGAGUGUCGGAUUGUAAACGGCGGUGGCGGCGCCGUCGCCGGCGGAUACGUGAACCAUUGUGAGCAGGUGCUCGAUGACCAAAACGAAAUGAUGAUGGCCGCGUCUAAGAUCACCGUGGCCGCUGAUCAGCCAGUGGCCCCCAAAAGUCGCCGGGUCUAUCCGCCGUCAUCAAAUGAGACUAUUAAAGCUAAAGAAGUGCACGAGGCCAAUGCGAUGUUGAUGCAAGAGAUUGUGGAAGAACGUAAUAAAUACAAAGAAUCUAUGAAAGAGUUGAAGAAGCAAGUGGAAUUUCUCACUCAAAAGAUAGCACAAAACAAUGCAAAACAUGAACAUAUUAUAGCUGAAAUACAUGCUAGAUAUGAUAACUUGGAUGUUAUGCCAUUCACACCACUUUCUUCAACAUGUUCAUCAGGUAUGGGAGAUUUGAGUUCAGCUGAACAACAUGGUCAGCAAGAACAACAGAACAUUAAACCUAAAAGGCGUAGAACUCGUCAAGUUGCUACUAAACAACCGGACCCAGGUCCAUUAGAAUUGAACCAGACAAAACGUGCAAAAACUAGGAUUACACGAGCUAAAACAGCCAAAAUAGGUAAAAUGCAAGAAUUGUCUUUGAUCACAGCAGACAAUGCCUAUUACACUUGUCUAGGAGAUUAUGAUCCUAUAAAAGAUAAACCAGUUUCUGAAAAUAGUAAGAGUAAUUUAGAAAUACCAAGUUGGAGGGUUAAGACAUAUUCUAGUUGGUAUUCUAUGGAAGGCACUGAAAAUAUGUCUGAUGAUAUUUUUGAAAGUAGACACUAUAGACUUGAACUACAUGAACAAAAAAGAAAAAGAUGGGAUUUACAACGAAUUAGAGAGUUAAAACGAGUAGAGUAUUUGAAGGAAGGUCGUUAUAAAAACCAUCCACAGAAAUCUAAUGAAAAUAAUAAAGAAGAGUUGACAACUUUAUUACCCAGUCCAUCAAAUAUUAAAGCAAUAGAAAUCACAGAUAAAUUACCUGUGUCUGCAUUUGGUAGCAAUUUACAUAUUAAAAAGAAACUUGAAAUGUAUAAGUUUUGUCACAGUCAAUGGUGUAAUGAUGGAUCUCAAGCACCAAAAGAAUAUAACAUACGUGAACUUCGUUCUUCUGGUUGUAGCCAGUUUUAUGAUACCAUAUAUUUUGACCAAGGAUUGAAUCGAUCAACCAAUAAAUCACGAGAAUAGGUAUAAUAGGCAACUAGACAAGAACGUAUCCGAAAAUUUUUCUGGCGGACAAAACACAAAAAUUCACAGCAUCGUUCCUUACCUGUGUCAUUUUCUCUCGGUUGGCCUUCGGAUUGAGUGGCGCUUCGGUCAGCAACACAGGGUGCUCUUCGGGGGCUACACGGAGUUCGUUGUAGAACGUAUGGUGCCAUACCUUUUCCAUGUCGUCCCAGUUAGUGACGAUACCGUGUUCGAUGGGAUACUUGACUGUCAGUACGCCCCUCUUGGACUGUGCUUCGUCACCGACGUAGCUGUCUUUUUGUCCCAUGCCCACCAUGAUGCCCUGCAGACAUGUGCCAAGUGAAUAGUAUAAACAUCAAAAUAUGUCGCGGGCAAUAUUUUAUACCAAUCACAAUCGUAAAUAUAAAUAUUUUCUGUCAUUUACUUGGUAUCGCGGACGUCCGACAAUGGACGGGAAUACGGCUCUGGGCGCGUCGUCACCAGCGAAUCCGGCUUUGCACAUACCGGAACCGUUGUCCACCACCAGAGCUGCUACGUCUUCGUCGCACAUGAUUUCGGUUUUAUUUUCUAGAAAUAAAAAAUAAAAACAAAAAUAAGACUUAUUGUCGACUACGACGACGUCAGCGAGACGAACGACGAAAAAUCCAUGGAAAAAAAAUUCGGCCGUCUUGCCGACAGAAAAAAAAACGAUUUUUUCGAACAAAUUUUUACCUUCCGAAAAUUGAUAAAUAAAUUAAUAAAUAAACGUGCGAAACGGAGUUUGCGCGAUGCGAUCGGAGAGCGGCGAAUGUGUGUACACUGCGAUGGUGGGCUCUCGUCAAUUUAUAUAGGUACGCUGUACGGCUGCCCCGACUGCAGUCGAAAGUGAAAAUUCGCUGUGGUAGGGUUCGCGUUAUGCGGCAACGGGCUCGAACGACGGUAAAGGUCGUCUGUCCGUCAUCGUCGGCAACGCGAACACAAUACGCGCGAGUUUAUGACCAUAUCUGACGCGGUCAAUCACGCUGCAGUUAAUAUAAUUCCUUUUUCAGAGGCUGUCGGUCGGACGAGCGUACGAUAACGUGUAUACCUAUAUUUACCACUUAUGAAUGUAGGUUCCUAUAUAGCCAUAUACCAACGCACCAAUAAUAAUAUAUUUAUUAUAGAUAA